CCAUCUCAGCGAACUGUAUACAGAGAGCCGACCACAAGUCAAUACGUUUGCAUGGGCUGGCGACGGACGGUCACCAGCUACUCUUCUUUUUUUUGUAGUGCAAAAAAAACAAAAUAAAGAAGAAGACUCGAAAAACAGGGCCAGCAGCUUGAGCCCAAAUAUAUAACAAAUAUAACAUUUUAUGUGGUCAAAAUGAGCGUGCUGCCGUUCGUGCGCGGUGUGGACUUUACAAAAAAUGAUUUCAGCGCAACAUUCCCCAGCUCCAUGCGGCAGAUGUCGCGGGUGCAGUGGCUUACACUGGAUCGUACGCAGCUCGCGGAGAUUCCAGAGGAGCUCGGCCAUCUACAAAAGCUGGAGCACCUGUCACUGAAUCACAAUCGUCUGGAAAAGAUCUUCGGCGAGCUCACGGAACUUACCUGUCUGCGUUCCCUCGAUUUGCGGCACAAUCACCUAAAGAACAGUGGCAUACCCCCGGAACUUUUUCAUCUGGAGGAGCUGACCACUCUUGACCUGUCGCACAACAAACUGAAAGAGGUUCCCGAAGGCUUGGAGCGAGCAAAGAACCUUAUUGUGCUCAACCUGAGCAACAAUCAGAUCGAGAGCAUACCCACGCCUCUGUUCAUCCAUCUCACGGAUCUGCUGUUUCUCGAUCUGUCGCACAACCGACUGGAGACCUUGCCGCCGCAGACGCGUCGUCUUAUCAAUCUGAAGACCCUCGACCUAUCGCACAAUCCACUAGAGCUUUUCCAAUUGCGCCAGUUACCUUCGCUUCAAAGUUUGGAGGUACUCAAAAUGAGCGGAACGCAGCGUACGCUUCUUAACUUCCCCACCAGCCUGGACAGUUUGGCCAAUCUCUGCGAGCUGGACUUAUCGCACAAUUCGCUGCCCAAACUGCCGGACUGUGUCUACAAUGUAAUCACCCUAGUGCGGCUGAAUCUGAGCGACAACGAGCUCAGCGAACUGAACGCAGGCGUGGAGCUUUGGCAGCGUUUGGAGUCACUGAAUCUAUCACGGAAUCAACUCAUAGCUCUGCCCGCUGCUCUCUGCAAACUGCCAAAGCUGCGACGAUUGCUAGUGAACGAUAAUAAGCUGAAUUUUGAGGGUAUUCCCUCAGGCAUUGGCAAGCUAGGUGCUCUGGAGGUUUUUUCGGCGGCCAACAACCUGUUGGAAAUGGUGCCCGAGGGACUGUGCCGAUGCGGUGCUUUAAAACAACUAAAUCUGAGCUGUAAUCGGCUGAUAACCCUGCCCGAUGCCAUUCACCUGCUAGAGGGUCUAGAUCAGUUAGACUUGCGAAACAAUCCAGAGUUAGUAAUGCCACCCAAGCCAAGUGAAGCGAGUAAAGCCACCAGUCUGGAGUUCUACAACAUAGAUUUUAGUUUACAAACCCAGCUAAGGUUAGCUGGAGCUGCUGUGCCGCCUUCAAUGCCAUCUUCGGCCACUCCCAAAGACUCAACCGCAAGGAAGAUCCGCCUCCGGCGCGGUCCUCGCAGCGAAGGAGAUCAGGAUGCUGCCAAGGUGCUCAAGGGCAUGAAGGAUGUCGCCAAGGAUAAGGAUAACGAGAUGGGUGCUCUGCCCGAGGACGGAAAACCGGAGUCCCUGAAACCGAAAAGGUGGGACGAGUCGUUAGAGAAGCCGCAACUAGACUACUCCAAAUUUUUCGAGAAGGACGAUGGCCAGCUACCGGGGCUAACCAUCUGGGAGAUCGAGAACUUCCUGCCCAACAAAAUAGAGGAGGUUGUGCAUGGUAAGUUCUACGAGGGUGAUUGCUAUAUAGUCCUCAAGACAAAGUUCGAUGACCUGGGUCUUCUCGAUUGGGAGAUAUACUUCUGGAUCGGCAACGAGGCCACCCUUGACAAACGAGCUUGUGCUGCCAUUCAUGCAGUGAACCUGAGGAACUUUCUUGGAGCCCGGUGUCGUACGGUUCGCGAGGAGCAGGGCGAUGAAUCCGAAGAGUUUCUGGCUUUAUUCGAAACUGAAGUCAUUUACAUCGAGGGCGGUCGCACAGCUACUGGUUUCUAUACUAUAGAAGAAAUGAUACAUAUCACAAGAUUGUAUUUAGUGCACGCGUAUGGUGCCACUAUUCACCUGGAACCUGUGGCUCCUGCUGUUACCUCUCUGGAUCCCCGCCAUGCCUUUGUCCUUGAUUUGGGUACCCACAUAUACAUUUGGUUGGGCGAAAGAUCGAAGAAUACGCUUAACUCCAAAGCCAGAUUAAUGGCUGAGAAAAUUAGCAAAACGGAACGAAAAAACAAGUGUGAAAUCCAAUUAGAGCGGCAAGGAGAAGAGAGUUCUGAGUUCUGGCAAGGAUUGGAUAUGACCCCGGAGGAAGGAGCUGCCGCAGAGCCACCAAAGGAGCACGUUCCAGAAGACUAUCAGCCGGUACAGCCUCGCCUCUACCAGGUGCAACUGGGAAUGGGUUAUCUGGAGCUGCCGCAAGUGGAAUUACCUGAGCAAAAACUUUGCCACACCUUACUAAAUAGCAAGCACGUUUACAUACUCGACUGCUAUACUGAUCUGUUCGUUUGGUUUGGCAAGAAGUCCACGAGAUUGGUCCGAGCGGCAGCUGUCAAGUUGAGCCGGGAGCUCUUUAACAUGAUGGAUCGGCCAGAAUAUGCCCUGGUAAUGCGUGUGCCCGAGGGAAAUGAAAUGCAGAUCUUCCGAACCAAAUUCGCUGGCUGGGAUGAGGUAAUGGCCGUGGACUUUACAAGGACAGCCAAGUCUGUGGCUAAGACAGGGGCCAACCUCACUCAAUGGGCCCGACAGCAGGAGACGCGUACGGAUCUUGCCGCGCUAUUCAUGCCCAGGCAAUCGGCCAUGCCCCUGGCAGAAGCGGAGCAGCUGGAGGAGGAGUGGAACUACGAUCUGGAGAUGAUGGAAGCCUUUGUGUUGGAGAACAAGAAGUUUGUUCGGCUGCCUGAGGAGGAACUGGGUCGCUUUUAUACCGGCGAAUGUUACGUGUUUCUCUGUCGCUAUUGCAUACCCAUUGAGGAGCCUGAAAAUGGCCCCGAAGAUGGUGCUAACCCAGUCGCAGAUGACAGUAAAUCUAGCGCCAACAAUCAGCCAGAGGACGAGAUCCAGUGCGUCGUUUACUUUUGGCAGGGACGCAAUGCAGGCAAUAUGGGAUGGCUCACGUUUACCUUUACGCUGCAGAAGAAAUUCAAGGCGAUGUUCGGCGAGGAACUGGAGGUCGUGCGGAUCUUUCAGCAGCAAGAAAACCUUAAGUUCAUGUCGCACUUCAAGCGGAAAUUCAUCAUACACACCGGUAAGCGGAAGGACAAGGCCCUCACUGCGAAGGGCAAGUCACCAGUUGAGUUCUUCCACCUGCGAUCGAACGGCGGCGCAUUGACCACGAGACUUAUCCAAAUCAACCCAGAUGCAGUGCAUCUCAAUUCGGCCUUCUGCUAUAUACUCCAUGUGCCAUUUGAAACGGAGGACGAUUCGCAGUCGGGGAUUGUAUACGUCUGGAUAGGUAGCAAAUCUUGCAACGAGGAGGCCAAGCUGGUCCAGGAUAUAGCUGAGCAAAUGUUUAACUCACCCUGGGUGAGCCUUCAAAUUCUCAACGAGGGUGACGAGCCGGAGAACUUCUUCUGGGUAGCGCUGGGUGGCCGCAAGCCUUACGAUACAGACGCAGAGUACAUGGAUUACACUCGGCUGUUCAGGUGUUCCAACGAGCGAGGCUACUACACGGUUGCCGAGAAAUGCGCUGACUUCUGCCAGGACGAUCUGGCCGACGACGACAUCAUGAUCCUCGACAACGGGGAGCACGUCUUCCUGUGGAUGGGCCCGCGUUGCAGUGAGGUGGAGGUUAAGCUGGCUUACAAGUCUGCCCAGGUGUACAUCCAGCAUAUGCGAAUCAAACAGCCGGAGAGGCCAAGAAAGCUUUUCUUGACGAUGAAAAACAAGGAGUCGCGCCGGUUUACUAAGUGUUUCCACGGCUGGAGCGCUUUCAAGGUGUAUUUAUAAUUUUAGGCAACUGAAUGAACAUCUUUAGGAGUUUUUUUUUUUAAUUUUCUCAAUUUAUGCACAGCACUCGGGGGUAAAGUUAGUUUUUAAAUUGAAAGGGUCGACCUCAAGGUGUACGUUUAAUUUUUGUAACGUAAAAGAGAGCCUUUAAGGCCGUAAUUUAUUUUUAUAAAAUCUAAUGAGCGUCUUUAGUGUGAGCAUUGAAAUUUUUUACCAUAAUGGAAGAAUUACCUUCAGGGUGUGCAUUUAUAAAUGUGAAGUUAUAGAAGCGCCUUUAAGAUGUUUUUUUAGUUUUAUAAAAUGAAUAGAACACCUCAGAGGUGUUAACUUAAUUUUAACGAGUUUGAGAAGUCCAUUCGAGGAGUAAAUUGAUUGAUAAGUUGAUCAAUAAUUUAGUUAGACAUCCGGAAGGGGGCUCUCGGGGAUUGGGGUUGGGCAGCUGCCGUGACAGAGCAACUGCCCCACAACACAUGACAAAGCAAAACCGUACCGACGAAGAAACAUAACGAACAGAAAAACAAAAUACCUAUCAGAUCGCAACAAGAACAUGUUUGUACUUUUAUAAAAUGUAUUUAAUUGUUUUAUAUAAUUAAUUUAAAUUUUUUUAAUAGCUCACUUGCUCCCGCCCCUAACUAAUUAGCUAACAACUCCAACAACGCCAAGUAUUCGCCCACUCUUUACGAGAAAACCUUAUAAAUAUAUAUAAUGCAAAUAUAUAUAUUAUUAUGCCUACAAAUACGCAAUAUUUAUAUACGCUGAGCUGAGAGGAUUACUAUUACUCCUUGUGCUAGUCCUUUUAAAAUGUUAACCUACUUAAAGCUAGCCUGUAAUAAAAUCGAAAGAACUAAAACUAAUUGUACAAAUGCCACGUAUUUAUUUUAUUUUUAUUAAUCCCCUGAAUAAACAUUUAGAAAAAUUGCA